UUCUUGAGAAUGUCUGGACGUGGUAAAGGGGGGAAAGGUUUGGGGAAAGGGGGCGCCAAGCGCCACCGCAAAGUCCUGCGCGACAAUAUCCAGGGCAUCACCAAGCCCGCCAUCCGCCGCCUGGCUCGGCGUGGAGGUGUCAAGCGCAUCUCUGGUCUCAUCUACGAGGAGACCCGUGGGGUGCUGAAGGUGUUCUUGGAGAAUGUGAUCCGGGACGCUGUCACCUACACCGAGCAUGCCAAGCGCAAGACGGUCACGGCCAUGGACGUAGUCUACGCGCUCAAGCGCCAGGGACGCACCCUCUACGGCUUCGGCGGCUAA